AUGAUUGCCCCCGAAAUGGAAGCCGAGUUGAUAGAUCAUUAUCGAACGAGUUUCCACGUGUAGUUUGCGCGGACGAAAUUUAAUUUAGCUUACUUUAUUCGAACUCUUCCCGCGCAGCUUUGUGAACCUGUAAUUCCCCUUGAUUUAUUUUCCAAGCUUUUCUCGUGGUGCUUAAAAAAAAUUUUCUGAUAACUGGCGCGCCGUUAAAACUCCCGACCUGCAUCGGCUACUGGCCGCGCACUUGUUUAAUAUUUUUCCAUUAAAUCGCAAAGUAUACCAUUAUCACGUGGAGGAGCAUAUUUUUUUCUACGAACAUCUCUUUCCACAUUUUUAUUUAUUCGUUGAUUUUAUCAACAGAGCGGCUUAUUGAAAGAAUCGUCGAACAUUCAAGCUGUUUCUACCAAACAGCUUGCAUCUGGUGUAAUCAUCAAAAUUUUAAUUAACUCAACAAGAAUUACAUGGUAUUAGCGUUAAUUAUCGUAAUUUUUUCUCUUGCCUGUUUCCAUGUAAUUUUCUCUAUUACACAAUUAAUUGAAGGAUACAGGGAAAUGAUAAGGAAUCUUCAUUCUUUUUAAUUUGUUUUUAAAAUUCAUUGAACCUUAUGCUGCAUUGUAUCGCUAAAAAAUUGAAAUUUCUGGCAAAGCUAUUCUUUCUGAUCAAGGGAUCUGUAUGUAUUUUUGACGAAGUCGAAAAAAAUCGAUUUGUCAGGAAAUCGUGAUUCUUCCAGAAUACUUCUAUACUGAAAAUAAUCAACUUGGAAUUUUAAAAAAUAUUUUUCUCAGGAUGAAAUUUUCAAAAUUAUUACCAGAAAUAUCUGAAAGACCGAAUCUAUUUGGAUCAUAUUAUUUGACAAAGCAAAAUUCGUUUUCCUUUUUUCCUUUUUUCUUCUUCUUGUUUUCUUUUUUAUUAACAAUUUACGUUCAAAUUUAGAAAAUUACAUGUUCAAAUUUAGAUAGCUGUCUUUAAAAUUUAAAAAUUGAUAUUUAAAAAUCGGCUUCGACAACUAUUAACUUUUAUAAUGUAUCUAUAAUUUAAUGUAAAAUUGAAAAAAAUUUGCUUUAGAUAAAGCCUCACGGAUGUCCUCUUAUCUUCGUAUAUUUAAUUCAAAUUUUUAGCAUUUGCUAAUUAAACAAUAUACAGCAAGAUGUACACAUUGAUUCUCUAAUGGAAUAUAAUUUUAUUUCCAUUCUUGAAUUGCACAUCAUUAUGCACCGCUCAAAAAUCCUAGGACAAGUACCUAUUAUAUUUAUAUAAUAGAAGUAGUAUAAUAAAUAUAUAUAAAUUACUCUAUAUAGAAGUAUAAAUUGUAUACACAAUGUAAGUUGUUAUACUUGCAAUAAACACAACGCACACAAUAUAAUUAAAUGCAAUAAAUAUAAAACAUAGGUACUUUGGCUAUACUAUAAAGACUCUGUUAAUAUAUUAAUAUAUUGUAUUAUUUCGUUAUUAUAUAUUGUGCAAUAUCGGAUUAUGGAAUAUGUACACGCGAUAAUCGACGAUAAGUACUAAACAUUAAAAAAGCAAAAGUAUCCCAAGACUUUUGAGCGAGAGUUAAUGUUUGUCAAAAGUUUGUUCGAUCGAGCCUGGCCUGCGGUGUCCAUCUCGCAACCACUACAAAAGCCAUCGACCAGGUUCUCUUAUCGUUCUCCAACAUGUUUGCUCCGCGGUAUCUGGUUCCUCUGUUCAAGUAUUCCGUGAACGUGGCUGGCGCUGGGGAACACCCGCGGCGCUAGGAACGACGAGCGAGGAAUCAUCGGUCGUCGUAGCCCGGUUCGGCAAAAGGAGCUGCUGGCUGGUGACAAUCGAGUCAACAACCUGCGCCCGUUCCGGUCGCUGA